AUCGAUUACGACAUACUUGUGCCUUUCAGCUUAAAGUUUGAAAUUUGAGUUGAUUUGAAUUUUGUUUUAUAAUUUAUUUCAUAUCACCACAAACUAUCUGUGAUAUUAAUUAUGGAUUUCAUAGAUGAAGAAAAAGUUCUUAACCUCUGUAAUCAACAUAUUAAGAGAUUGAAUCGAAAUUUUAUAAGUAAAGAGAAGGCAGCAAAUAUUUCUUAUCUACACCUUGAUGGUAAUGAGCUACAGAAGCUUGAAUUUUUAGCAUUUUUCACGAAUUUGGUUCAGUUUAGCGCCUCCCAAAACCAAUUGUUGAGGAUGUACAAUAUUGCUCCAUUAAAAACAUUAGUUAGUGUAGACCUUUCGUAUAAUAAAAUCAUUACCAUUGAAGGACUCAAGGAUCUGAUUCAUCUUACUUCUCUCAAUUUGAGCCACAACAAAAUAAAAGAAAUUGACCAUCUGUAUAGUAAUGUGGCCUUGGAGUACCUGGAUCUGUCGGAUAAUCUAAUUGGUUGCCUUUCUAACAUAAGUCAUCUUUCAAAAUUGAAAAAGCUGUAUCUUCACAAGAACAUGAUAACUCAGUUGAGGCAUGCUGAAGUGUAUUUGCCUAAGUCUAUUGAUACCCUUACAUUAGCUCAUAAUAAAAUAGCUGAUUUAAAUGAAUUUUCCCGUCUAGCAGGUAUAAUUAAUUUAAGAGAAAUAUCUCUUAAAUCUAACCCAUGUGUUGAAAUGACCGGACAGAUGGUUGGAUUUGACUACCGUCCCUUUCUGGUAAACUGGUGUUUAGAACUCCAAGUAAUAGAUGGCUAUGCUGUUGAUGAACUGGAAAGCUUAAGAGGAGAGUGGUUAUAUUCUCAAGGGAAAGGUAGGCAGUUUCGGCCAGGAGAGCAUGCACAGCUAGUGCAAUAUUUGGCCGAAAAUCUACCUUUUAAUAAUGAGCCUUUACAAUCUGAGCAAGAAAGGAAGUUAAGGCUAAUAUUGAGUAAAGCUCAGCAACAUCAGUCACAAUUAAUGACAGAAUCAUUAACAGGAGGUAAAAGUUCGUCUUCACAAUUAAUGUCCAGGAGUCUUGAUCCUUCAUCAUUACAGGGUUAUAAGGAGAAAUCUUCACCUCCUAUGAGAAUACUAUCCCAAAGUCUGCAUUGUCCAUCUACAUCUUCUCAUGUAGAAGAAGAAACAAAACUGGAAGAAAUUACUGCUCCUUUACCAGCUGCUUCAAAACUGGUACCCGUGCCAGAAUCACUAAUCAGUCCAAUGGUUUCCAAUAUUCCUGAUAUUGCAAGCAGCAGUAAUUCUAAGGCUAACGCUACAUCAUCAGACUAUUAUAUAUGUGAAGACUUGUCCAGUAUGAAGUUACAUACUAUUAAAACUAAAGUUGAUGAAAUUAGAAGCAAAAAAUCCAAUUCUGACCGAGACCAAGCAGCAACAUGUAUCCAAAAAAAUUGGCGUGGCUAUUUAUCUCGAAACUCCAAUUCUUCUGUGCAGACGUUCUAUCAACAGCUUCAAGUGAGGCGUGUUAAUGGACACAUUGCGAAGUUAUCUGAAGAAGUGCGUUCUUUAAAAACUGCACUUGAAAAUGAACACAAGUUGCAUGUAUUGCAAAUGCAGGCUAUAAAUGCGCUUUGGCGGAAAGUACAACAACUGCAAGUUUGUAUGCAGGAGGUGUUGAGAGCGUUUGCUCCUAGUACUAGUUCUUCUUCGAGUGAAGUUUCUACUCAGACUGAUAUUGUUGCUGUACAUACCCCUGAUGACACUGGGUUUUUGUAUCAUCGACCCUCUACUUUACCCUUGACUACUCACCCAGUAUCAAGAUUUGUUGAAAAUCUUGUUGGAGAUGUUUUCAAAGACACAAUCGAAGAAGAAAACUCAGAAGAACAGUAAUUUUGUAAAUCCCUAAUAACUUUUGUAAAUCCAAAGUGAUACUAAACCAAAGAUUGUAAUUUUGUACGCUUUCUAAAAAUAUUUAUAAUUUUGAAUAAUACAUUAAAGAAGUCAUUUUUUACUUUUUGAUUAAAUUUUAUUUAUUUUUGAU